GCCUGACAGAUCUGUCAGUGUAAAGAGUAGCGAGUUAGGAGCGGAGACACAUGAGCUUGAGGGGCAGACAGUUGAUUUGCUGAGACCUUUUUUUUCUCCUACCAGAGCGACCAUCAUUGUUUGUGUGAGACUGUGGCCAUGUCGGCUGACAGACAGGGCGACGUGUCAAAGGAAGCGAAGCAGGAGAGCGUGUUGCUGCGUCCUCUGGGCACGGCAGCCGCCCCCGGGCAGGAGCUGGUGUGUGUCUUCGGGACGGGGGACAUGGGGCGCUCUCUGGGCCUGCGUCUGCUGCAGUCGGGCUACGCGGUGGUGUACGGCAGCCGCAGACCUCACAGCUGCGGCCCCUUGCCUCAGGGAGCUCAGGCAACAGGCCACGAGGAAGCAGCUCGGUCUGCAGCUCUGGUCUUUAUUUGUGUUCACAGAGAACACUAUGACUUCCUGGAGACACUUGCACCUCAACUCAAGAAGAAGGUGCUGGUGGAUGUCAGCAACAACCUCAAGAAGAAUUUAUACCCGGAGGCCAAUGCUGAGUAUUUGCAGAGGCUGAUUCCUGGAGCUCAUGUGGUGAAAGCAUUUAACACCCUCUCCGCCUGGGCCUUGCAGAAUGGACCUUCAGAUGCCAAUAGACAGGUGUACCUGUGUGGAAACAGUGAUGAAGGGAAGCAGGCAGUGGCAGAGGUGGCCACCAAACUGGGCUUCACGGUUCUGGAUAAAGGGUCUCUGUCAGCAGCCAGAGAGCUGGAGGACUUUCCCCUGCAGCUUUUCCCAGAGUGGAGGAUGCCGCUACGCGUGGCCGUCGGCCUCACCGCCUCCUUCUUCUUCUAUCUGCUCAUUAGAGAUAUCAUCUACGCAUAUGUUGACCAGGGAAAGGACGUGUCCUUCAGGAUCAUGGUGUCCCUAGCCAACAAGGUGUUCCCCAUUGUGUCCCUCAUCAUGUUGUCCCUGUGUUACGUGCCUGGUGUCAUAGCUGCCUUCCUUCAGCUCUACAGAGGAACCAAAUACAGGCGUUUUCCUGACUGGUUGGAUCGCUGGAUGCUGUGCAGAAAACAGCUUGGGCUGGUAGCCCUGGCCUUUGCUUUUCUACAUGUGCUUUACACCCUCAUCAUCCCCAUAAGAUAUUAUGUGAGAUUCAGGUUAUCUGCAAGUACCAUCUCCCAGAUCAAGGAGAACAGAACGUCAGUGUUUGACACCACCUUGGCCUGGCGUGCUGACUCGUACUACUCUAUGGGGAUUCUGGGAUUUGGCCUGUUUCUCCUGUUGGGAAUAACUUCUCUCCCUUCUGUCAGCAAUGCUCUCAGCUGGAGAGAGUUCAGCUUCGUACAGUCCAAACUGGGAUACCUCACCGUGUUCUUCUGUACCUUUCACACCUACCUGUAUGGUUGGGACAGGUUCCUUCAGCCCUAUGGCUACAAAUGGUACACUCCUCCAGCCUACUUACUCUCUUUGGUGGUGCCCUCUUUGUUGAUUGUGCUAAAGCUGCUGCUCCUGCUGCCCUGCGUCAACCGCAGCCUUAUGCGCAUUCGACAGGGCUGGGAGAGGAACGAUGCAGAGGACGGGAGUGCGAGAGUGCUGCUCACAUAGAGACUAAAAUGACAUAUACAAAACAACGGCAGAAGAAAACGCAGACACGAUGACCAUUGGAUUUUCAAAGGCUCAUGGUUUUAGAUGUCAAAGAUCCAAGAAACUGCACCGGCAAAGGGAAAAGAUUGAAACUCCUUGCCGUCUUUCUUUGGGUAAUCUUCUUGCAAUUGUUUAAUUUUGGAGGAGGAGACACAAUGACACCGUGUAGGCUUAUUGUAAAUACCCUGGAAAUACACAAGUACUCGAUAUUAUCGCAGCCAAACAGCAUUCCAAUACCAGUCUUUGGUAAUUUCACAAAUGUACAUCCAGACGGGUGACAUUCCCUGAAACAUCAGUAGCAACAUUUGACAUUAGAGUUUCUCUUCAACCUUCCUCUACUGUAUAUGGAUUUAUAUUCUUUGUAUUGUAUUUUAAAUCUUUAUUAUUGGAUCUUUCUUAUUAAUGUUGUUGUAUGGCAAAUUGAACAAUUGUUAAAUAAACUUUAGCACGACUGAACAAAA